CUCGCACACUUUAUUCAUUUAUUAUUAAUCCCAUCACUACUUCACUAUAUACCUUAUCAUUCAUCAAAUGUGGUUAAAACACUAUAAACACAUUUACCUCCUCUAUGUUGCGUUACAAGCAGCUGCCGAUAAAAGUGAAAGCACAUUUCACUAUGCAAUAGGAUGGCGUGCGCGUUCGCGGAGCUCCUGCGCUGCGGCAGUUGCCAGGGGAGAUAGGAGGGGAGGGGUUUUUAUUGGCUGAAGUGGGUCUGUUGCCAUGACGACGGCAAGGGGUUUGGUAGCGUUGCCGUGCGCUGUGUGAUCUGCGCGCUGCGUGUAUGGAGGAAGCAGCUGCUGAUCUGAUCUCUGACAUUGUGUGAGACAGACAUCUGAAUAAACUGCGCACAGACGUGUCUUUAAACAUACCGCACUGAGGCACGCCGUGCAUGAUUACCUCUUUGAUUUAAUGGGUCCAAUCAUUGGGAUGUCACCAGAUAAGAAAACGGAAAUUCCGGGUAUGCAAGAGGAGCGGACAGGGCUCAAAGGCGUUUGUGGUGUGGGGACACUGCCUGAGGCGGAGUGUGCGUCCAGUCCGCUGGCGACCAGUGUGGAUCGUACUGGAGGUACUGAGGAUGAGGAGCUCACCAACCUCAACUGGCUGCAUGAGAACCUGCUUCAGAACUUCACCUUGGGAGGUCCGGAAGCUCAGCCCAGCGGCAGUCCCCUCUUUGACAUAGAGGGAGACUACGGGUCCAGCCAGGGCCCGUCGUCCUCCUCCUCGUCUUCGCCACACAGCCGAGGCAGGGAGCGGGACUCCUUGAAGUCCAAGCCCCCUUUCUCGUUUUCUCUCCUCAUCUACAUGGCCAUUGAGCAGUCUCCCAGCAAAUCUUUGCCUGUUAAAGAAAUCUAUGGCUGGAUUCUCGAGCACUUCCCUUAUUUCUCCAAUGCUCCCACUGGCUGGAAGAACUCAGUUCGUCACAACUUGUCCCUGAACAAAUGCUUCCGCAAGGUCGAGAGGAGUUUGGGAAAGGCCAAUGGAAAAGGUUCUCUUUGGUGUGUUGACCCUGAGUACCGCCCCAACCUGAUCCAAGCCCUUAAGAAGCAGCACUUCCCUGCCGCACAUGCCUUCUGCACACCACCCGCCUCCCCACCCAGUGCCUCCUCACCCCCUCGCCAUCUCUUUCUACAAGGCUGCUCAUUCAAAGAGUCUGACAUUGAUGCUGCCACUGCCAUGAUGCUCUUAAACUCUGCCCCCGGGCACCACGUUGACCCAUGCAAUUCUGACAGCCCGCUGGACCUCUCCCGACCCGACUCUGUCCUGGUGAGCAGUGAUCCAAAGCAGGACCACAACUACAGCAGCGUAGCCCUGCAGCGCUGCUCCUCCCGCUCCUCCUCUUCGUCUCUUUCCUCCCUGGACGAAGGAGGCUGCGACCGCAGGCAGUCCCACCGCGCCGGCAGCGAGGGCUUCCACAGUGACGAGGACUCCGACCUCUGGGACGAGAGGGGCGUCCACCAGACUUCUCGACGUCCGCCCGCCAUCAAGUGGCCCGCCGGUAAGAGGGCACGACGUGAGGUCAAGCCAGAGCUGGAUGAGGAGCUAAAGGAAGCCGCUGGCUCCUUGCUGCACCUCGCUGGUAUACGCAGCUGCACAGAGGGCUCCAAACGCACUGUCAAGAGCACAAAACUUAACAGGAAAUGAAGAUUAUUUUUGCCCCCCCCCCCCAUCAGACUCCGGACCCUGUGAACCCUAACCUAUGACCCCUGAUCGUGUGUCCCAGUGUGCCUCCUUCUCCUUAUCUGAUCGUUCAUUGGCCAUUUUGAGCCUUUUUUGUUUGGGAUUAUCCCUGUCCAACAAAACAAAUGGCAAUAGUAUCGUUCACACAGGAGAACAAAGCCAUAUAGAGACUUUUGUAACUCGGGGGUGACUGCUGGGGCUGGGUUUGGGCUAUGGAGAACCAUCAAGAAACCUAUCCAAAAUGACCUGCCUGCUUCUAUUGGAUUAGAAGAUUGUGAUUCAAGAAUUUUAUUCUGAAAGACAAAACAGGAAAAGCUGAAGGUUUUCUAACUCAAAGCGUUGCAUGCUUCCUCCUCAAACCUGUAUCCUCUUCCAAGUGAAUCUAUUUAUGAAGCGAAUGAGUGCAUGUUUGUAACAGACAAAACCUAACCUCCUGGUGUUAUCAGUUUCUCCUUUUAGUGCUGAAGAAAGAAAAGAAAAAAAAGCCACUGUUUUGAAAGGAAUUCUUGCUCCAUGAAUCCUCUUGUAAGAGAGAUGCAAUAAUUAAUCCACAACCUUAACUUUUUUUUAAACUUUAUUUCAUGGUGGCAUUUUUCAGAGUUGAGUAUGCUAGUUAAACUUUACGAUUAAGAGAAUGAAUGGAGUAGUACCAUGAUCUUGUAAUGCGAUAAACUUCUUACACAUGAGCUCUGGCUCUAUUUCAGGAUUAGCAAGAUGUGGAAAUAGUAUUACUCUCCCACUGCCAAAUUUAGUUGCAAAGUUAGCUAUACUACUUCGCUUAGUCUUGUGCGGCCAUUACAGUGCUAUACAAAUGAAAGCUGUUUUCAUCUUUUUUUUUUUUUUUUUUUACAAAUCCACUGCUCAUUCUGUCAAUCCCUUUCAUUCAUCAGUGUGUUUUUGACAAUUAUUGUGCAGACAUAUAUUCACAUUUGGUGACAGCCUAUGCAAAGUGAACAUCUGCCAGAUGUUCACUGUGUGUUCAUAGGUUAUCCCCCAUAGAUUUUAUUUUUUAUUUUGUAUGUGUGUGUGUAUCAUAGUGCAUGUCGACUUCAGCCUACUCCUGAGAUGACGGUCAAGACAGAAAAGAGUUUGACAUGCUCAAACAUUUUUCUUCUACUGACAAAGUAGUCCUACUGCUCCAAUGAAUGGGAUUGGUGUAAUGACGGAUCUCCUUGCUACAGCUGUAUUGUAGGGCUGCUUGGUACCCUGGUUGCUUCUGGUCCUUUUGAACGCACCACAAAUUACCACAGCUACUCGCGCCAUUAUUUGGGCUUUCAGUUUGAUUACACCUCUGUGUGUUCUCCUUGUCUUGUUUUUUAACCAUGUACUUUAGAAAAUUAGAAAUUGAAAGUUUGCUGAUCCUGUGGCGAAGCUAAUUCUCAACUUGAGGGAGGGUGUGUCUGUUCUGGUUUAAAUAAAUGAAAGGUGCAGAUCAUAAUGCAUAUUCAAGUGUAAAGAACAAGAAGGGGACAUUAUAGUAAUGGCCAGAUAGAACUGGACUUUGUAUGUGCAGUCACUCGCAGGCGAGAUGUUGAAGACCUGUGCUGCUCUGAAGUUGUGCCUUCAGUUCUGGCUGGCCCACAAGUGUUUGGUCCUUGCUCUUCCUCUUAGAACAAAAUAAGGAAGUGCACACUCUCUUCUCAAGCUGUGAAAUGGAGUGUUUACUGUCAGUUGAUUGCAUGCAGUUCACUGAGGGGAAGUGGCCACAAUUCUCAUUUGAGCUUUUAAAAAGGCUUCAAACACGCAGUGUACAAUACAAGGUAGCAUGGAAGCCCACAAGGGUAACACACUGAAAAUUGAAUUUUUUUCUUCCCACAAUACCAGAUCACAUUGUCACAGUGAUUGUUAGUAUAGCAUGCAUGGUCAGUGCCAAACAUGUUCAUGUGCCACUGAUGUAAAACUGCAAAGCACCAUGGUCACUAUAUUCCCCUGCUGCCACAAUGCAGUUGUGAUUAAGAGUAACAAUGCCCUAGUUUUCUGAAUCAUCCGAACAGGAAAUGGGAGAGGCCUUUGGUCAGUACAGUGACUUAACCAAUCGUUUGGUUUAUGUUUGUCACUUUAGAGUUGGAACUGCUCUGAGCAGAGUAAACUGCAGUUCUCAGAAGUAAUACUUGCAUACACUGGUCUUGUUUAGCUGUGAAAAAAGAACAAAUUAUUGUUCAUUAAUCAUCACCUUAUUUAUGACAUUAAUUUAUGGGAUUAUUGAAUGCAUACUCUAUCAAACACUGGUCAUUUGAAACAAGUGACUAGGCACAUUUAUUUUCUCCCUCUGUGAACUCCUCUUGAGUAUUUUGUUUAUCUCCUCAUUUUAUUUUUUACAGCAAUACACCUUUUUUCUUUCACUAUCUUAUAGUGAUUAAGUAUUUUGCCAAUGUCUAUUGUCUUUAGAGCGGGUGUGUUUUUUAUUUUUAUUUUUUCAAUUUAACCAUGACUGCCAGGUUUUCUUGAUGUUUUUGUUUUGCUUUUUUGUUAGGCUGGGUAGUUUAUUAACAUUGAUCCUGAAACCUUUUGUUGCCAAAAUUGAUGUACAGCUGGGGUAUAACAUUUAAGAUGGACACAAUCCCCAUGUACUGUAGAAGUGAUUGAAAAAAAUUUUGUUUUACAUUUGUCUCAUGUUUAUGUUUAGAUAUUAUGACUAAGUAGUCACAAAUUGAAAAUAAGCUCUCGAUCUCAUCACAGAUUAGAAUCUUUAAAAAAUUACUGCCACUCAUAACUCAUGCUUUCAGGUAUUAUUAUGGGAUGUUGAAAUGUUUAGAAUAUCAGUAAAACUGGAUCAGACUCACUAAGUCCCCAGGCUGCUGCUGUGUAGUUUCAGACCUACAUUUACUGUAAGUAUAGAGACACAAAUGCAGAGAAAUUAUGUUGAGACUUGUAGAGGAAAAGCUCACUCAUUCUUUUUGUAGCACUUCCAAAAGAAACGUUAAGUUGGUCUCAAAGUGACACUGAGUCAGAUCUGUGGAUGAGCUACCUAAACAUUUUGGGAUCCAACUCAAAACCCAGUUGCUUCAUUGCUCAACAGCUAUUAUUGAUUAUGUGAUUCUCAAAAUUCUGUUGCAGUUCCUAAGGAUAUGAUGAACAUUUUGUUGCAUUUGACAAAGCUGCCAACCCAGUAUCAGUUUGUGUCAGUUGUCUGCCAUGUCUGUUGGACCGACACACCUUUUGGUUUUGUAUGCUAACCUCUGUUGAUAAAAUGUUUAUAAGAUUUAUUUUCGCCAAAGAUAUGCAAUUGCAUUAUAUAUGGUAUUACAAAAUAUUAAUAAAAACCUGUUCUUGUUA